AUGGAUUAUAGGAAGCUGAAUUCUGCCACUUGCAAGGACCAUUUCCCCAUGCCUUUUAUUGAUCAGAUGCUUGAUCGGCUGGCUGGAAGGUCCUACUAUUGCUUUCUUGAUGGGUAUUCUGGCUACAAUCAUAUUAACAUUGCUCUUGAAGUCCAUCAGAAGACGACAUUCACUUGUCCUUAUGGGACUUUUGCUUUCAACAGGAUGCCAUUUGGUCUUUGCAAUGCACUGGCUACUUUCCAGAGGUGUGUGAUGUCGAUUUUCUCAGACAUGGUGGAAGACUUCUUGGAGGUCUUUAUGGAUGAUUUCUCUGUGGUUGGUGACUCUUUUGAUUAUUGUCUUGACCAUCUGGGUCGAGUGCUGAAAAGAUGCGAGGAGACUAAUCUUGUGCUUAAUUGGGAGAAGUACCAUUUUAUUUUGAAGGAAGGUAUCGUUCUCGACCAUAAAAUCUCUGAAAAGGGGAUUGAGGUCGAUCAAGUCAAAAUUGAUGUGAUUUCAAAGCUUCCUCCACCCAUUUUAGUAAAAGUCUCUGAGCUAAUGUGUGAUGUGCGUGAUUUUUCUAUUGGUGCUGUGCUUGGCCAAAGGCACAACAAAAUUAUGCACCCAAUCUACUAUGCCAAUAGAACAUUGAAAGUGGCACAGAUGAAUUACACAGUGACUGAGCAAGAGCUACUUGCUAUAGUUUAUGCUUUUAAGAGGACUGAAAAUCAGGUUGCUGACCAUCUCUCACAGCGUGAAGAAGCUGGGAGACCUUCAAAGGAGUUAGAUAUUGAUGAUGCUUUUCCUGAUGUGUGGGUUCUAGCAAUGAUAGCUAAGGUAGCACCUUGGUAUGCAGACAUCGCCAACUUUUUAGUGACGGGCAUUAUUCCAGAUGAGAUCAAGUCAUACCAGAUGAAGAAGUUUUUGAGAGAUUCUCCUCAGUAUUACUGGGAAGAGCUGUAUUUAUUCCAAACAUGCGCUGACAAAAUCAUUCGGCGUUAUGUUUCCAAGUGUGAGGUAAUGGAGAUCCUGAAGGGAAUCGAUUUUAUGGGACCCUUUGUGAGCUCUUAUAGUAUGAAGUUCAUCUUGGUUACUAUGGAUUAUGUAUCUAAAUGGGUAGAAGUGGUGGCUUCACCUAAUAAUGAAGCCAAGAGUGUCAUGGGGUUCUUGAAGAAAAACAUAUUCACUCGUUUCGGUACUCCGAGGGAGAUAAUCAGCGAUGCUGGGCUGGUUUUUGGCAAGGCGUGCCAUUUUCCAGUCGAACUUGAGCAUAAGGCCAUGUGGGCCUUGAAGAAGCUAAAUAUGGAUUGGGAAGAAGUAACUAAACUUCGGUUGUUUCAACUCAACGAAAUGGAUGAACUUCGAUACCAGGCUUAUGAGAUUGCAGCGUUGUAUAAGGAGAGGGUGAAACAUUAUCAUGACAAAAAGAUCCUCAAGCAAGAAUUUUACAAGGGUGAUUCUGUCUUACUAUAUAAUUCCAGAUUAAAGCUGCUACCGGGCAAGUUGAAAUCAAAGUGGUCCGGAGCUUUGGAACUGGUAUCAAUUGAAGCAUCUGGGGACAAAUUCUGA